ACACUCACUCUUCACAACAAAUAUUUUAUUUUUUAUUUAAAAAAAAAAAUGGACAUGAUGGGAACCGAACGUGUUUGUUAUGUUUACUGCAACUUCUGCAACACCACUCUAGCGGUUAGUGUUCCAUGUAGCAGUUUGCUGACCAUAGUGACAGUUAGAUGUGGGCAUUGUGCCAAUCUGCUAUCAGUUAACAUGGGAGCAUCUCUUCAAACAUUGCCUCCUCAAGACCCUCACCAUCAUCAGUCACAGAAGCAGCACCUGAGCUUCCAAGAUCCAAGCAGCAAGGAACUGGGAUCAUCCUCAUCAAGAUGCAACAAGUUAUCAGCAGCAUUUGAUCCUGUAGACCAUGAUCCCCAACCUAGGAUCCCUCCCAUUCGUCCUCCGGAAAAGAGACAACGUGUUCCUUCUGCUUAUAACCGGUUCAUUAAGGAGGAAAUCCAAAGAAUUAAGGCUAGCAAUCCAGACAUAAGCCACAGGGAAGCUUUCAGCACAGCAGCCAAAAAUUGGGCUCAUUUCCCUCACAUUCACUUUGGAUUAAAGCUGGAUGGAAACAAACAAGCAAAGUUGGACCAAGGGGAAGGGACUCAAAAGUCUAAUGGAUUCUACUGAUAUAAAUGGAAGCCUAUGAGUAUCAGCUGGUUUUUUCUAUGCUUGACCUAAAUCUGUGAAAAAAUAUGAGAGGGUUGAUCAGAUAUCCCAAUCAUACACAACUGGAUGGGAUAAACUUUCCUGAACAUUAACCUCAUCCUCUCACGUUUAAUAGUAUAUUUGUAUUGCCCUAUUAUAUGUUAUAGUUGUUAUGAAAUGAUUAUUAUUAUUAUUGCUAUUCUUGUUAUAGCAUUAAUUGUUGUUAUCUGGAGAGCACUUUAUUAAGUCAACAUUACACUGUACUACACUUAUUAUUAUUACAACAGAUCCAUCUCAUUUUGAUUACUAGUAAUAAUAAUCUAUCUAUCUAA